ACUCCAUUGGAGAGCUGAUCUUGUGCGAUCAUUCAAGAUGAGUUUUUCACUGCGUGGAUGGACGUGGAGCCAGCAAAAUGCACCACAGAUAGAUGACAUCCGUUGGGUCUGUUCGGGCGGUAAUACCAAUGCGGGUGAGAGCGGAAGAGACACGGUCGUAGGUGUUGAAACACGGGUAAGGGUCCGUUUCUUGAAGGAAAGGUCGCGUUACUCCGGACUCCUGCGCUUGGGUCUCGAAUUGCUUCCGCUCCAGCCGCUCUCGAAUUUGCUACCUCGACCAAAUUUGGGAGGAUUGGGUGUUGGCGAGAUGAACAAGUUCAAUUUGCCGCGGCGAAACAUUCAGAAGGAGAGGCGGGCCAAGCGGGCGGAGAAACGGAAACGUAGAUCCAGCGCUGCGACGUUGAGGGUGUCCUCCGGGAAGGCCCUCGCGAGCAUUUCUGGGAAGAAGGCACGCAAGCUUCAGAAGCGAUGGCGGCAGGUUGGUUUCGGUCAUACCGGUAUCAGGGUUCGCACCAGUGGAAUAGAUCAUAUUAUUUUUCGUCACGUCAAAGCGAAGGCACAGAAAGAGGCUCUACAGUCUGGUUUGGUCACGAUGCAUGAUAUUGAGAUGAUGGCUAUUGAUGAAGAAGGUGGAGGUAACCAAGGAUCAUUACAGCCAAAGCUACCUGAAUUGCGGAGAGCCUUUCUCAUGAAGAAGCGUGCUAAACUGAGGUUGAAGAGCUCUUCGUCUAAAGGAGUAAGCAGGAAAACGAGUCGGCGGUGAAAGUGUUGGGAACCCCACUGCGGUGAUAGAAAGCGCAGAAGCAAUGAUACAAUGAAACAGUUGGCCUCUGCCUGAUAGCAGGGUUCCUUGCUUUUUUAAUCAAGUAAAUACUUUAUUAUUGUCUGAGGAUUUGUUCGAAGAAUCCUACAGUUGGAAAAUGGCCAUUGUAUCAGUUAGAGAAAAACAUACUCCAUCUCCUGCAAACAUUUGUGCUACUAUUACUUAGUGUAGAAGAGGGUAUCGUGUUAGAUGAGCGCAAUUUCAAAAAGACGAAGAGGUGGCCGAUCACAACAAUUUCCUGGUGCAUAUGUUAUUACUGAUUCAGCAAAGUAAAUUACAGUACUAUCAAAUACCAGUUGAAUAGAGAAACAGUUUCCAGAAAAAUUAUCAAUGGCAUUAAGUUAA